GCUUCAGAGCAAUGGCUAGUUUCGGAAAAUGUGAUGUGCUCUCGCGCCUAUUUGUGAGCGUGUGCUAUAAAUAGGCCCUGCUGGCAACACAUGCUCUGCUGUGAUUGACAAUUCUAGUGCUACUGGGACAGCGGGCUCCAAAGAACAGGCAAAAAGCAUAUGAAUGUAGACAGCUCAGAAGUAUCGAAGUGGAGCUUUACAUUUUGUUUCUAAAAGUUUGCAGACCUUGAUUUUGAUUCUACAGAAAUAUUGAAACUCCACUUAAAGAAACUGGUGGGUUUUUUGGACUGUUGAAAUUAUUUCUUGUGGACAAUGACAUCCAGGAGGCCCAUGACUCGCUCUUACUCAGGAAAUGGGAGAUCAGGCAGCCAAAAUGGGGAGGAUGUUUCAGCACCAAGUGGAAGGUCAGAAAGCCGCAACUACCUCUCCAAUGUCAGGCCUGAAAACAGGAGUACAUUAUGUACCGUCAUGGCCCAGUUGACUGAAGAGACCCAGCCAUGUUUUGAAACCACCAUAAAAUCCAAAGCAGUGUCAGAAUCAUGCAAUGUCAAAUUCAGUUGUGUGGUCACAGGUUACCCGGCUCCCGAGCUGACAUGGUACAAAGAUGACAUGGAAUUAGAUCGAUAUUGUGGUCUUCCCAAAUAUGAAAUAUUUCGCAAUGAAAAAAAUCACACACUCCACAUCUACAAUUGUACAGAGGAAGAUGCAGCCAUUUAUCAGGCCUCAGCGAGGAACAGCAAAGGCAUCGUCACCUGUUCUGGGGUGCUUGAGGUGGGCACCAUGAGUGAGUACAUGAUCCACCAACGGUUCUUCGCCAAGCUGAAACAAAAAGCUGAGAACAAGCGGCGUGAGCUUGAGGAGAGUCGACGUCGGGGAAAGGAGAACAUAGAGAAGGAACAGUUGAAUGUGAUCAAUCAAGAACGCUUACUAAGGAAACGUCGGUCGCCUGCUGGUAAUGAGCCCUUGAGCUCUUCUCCCGCAACCCAAGAAAAGGAGAACGUGACCUCUCAAGGGAUCGAUGCUGAUGAGCGACCUUCAGUGACAGAUGAUAAAUCUAAUGAUAUCGCCGUACAAGCUUCUGUAGGAACCACUGAGGCGUCAACGGAGAACGGCAACGAACAGCUCAACCAUGUCUGCGAUAUGGCUGAGGUAAAGCGGUCUGCCAAAGAAACGGUAGGGGAAAAGAACAUGUGUAUUUCCAAUGGAUUUGAUGAAGCAGAGAUCGUUCAGCUCAUCAGAGAUGAUGGUUAUCGAGGAAUGAGUCUUGCAAAAUAUUUAGCUGAUACUGUGCAGUCACAAGCUGCUGAGCAACAUCAGAGCGCUCCGCAACCACAGGAGAUCAUGGAGGUGGACGUUAGUGCCGUUCAAGAAAAAGAAAGAGGGAAAGCGUUGGAAAAAGAAAGGGAAAGGUUAAAAGAAGAAGAGAGAGAGAGAUUGAGAGAAGAAGAGAGAGAACGAUUAAGAGAAGUAGAGCGAGAGAAAGGAAGAGAGAGAGUUAGACAAAUAGAGCAGGAACAAAAAGCUGCGUCUGUAUCCACAGACAAGGUAGUGUCGCAUAAAGAGCCCGAACAUCAACACAAGUCAGCUCUAACCUCGGUUUUUCACUCCUUAAAGGACAUAUUCUUCGGCAAAAGUAAGAAGUCUAAUGAGACACCUGAAGCCACAAGGAGAACUAGUGGAGGGAGUGUUGAAAAAGAAAUUUCUCAUGAGAUAUCCAUGCCUCCCUCACAAACAUCUCCACAAGAACCAGAAACUAAACCUUCAGUCCAUGUUGUGGGAUCUGGGCAGGAUUUACCAAAGCUGGUAGAGGAACCAUCUCACAUUGUGGAUUUGGAAGUAAAAACAGAACCACAACUGCAAACACAAGAGCCAUCAACUGUCAAAGAGACUGUUAACACCAAUUCAGUUGAACACAUUUCUAAUGUAAACAAACCCGAGGAUGUGUCUCAAGAGCCGCAGGGGAUGGUGAGGACGGCUGAGGAGGAGAACAGUUUAGAGGAGGUUCCACAGAUUUCCCCUCCUUCAUUGUUCAGGGCUACAGAUGACCACACCAGACCCAGCAGCUAUGAUGUUCCUGUCUCUUUCAACUUGGAUAAUCCUCCAUGUGAGACCGCAGGGCUGAAAUCUACCUAUCCUUUGGAUGAGGUCAUGCGAGGUGCUGAGGAAAUGCAUAUUUUAGGAGAACAGGGAGGCUCAGCUGCCCCCCAGACAAAUCUCAACAUGGCAGACCUGGAAAGCAUGCAGUGUUGUGAGAGCCAGACAGAGUCUCAGCUUUCACAGCUAGCCGACUAUGUCCCUCUCAUAGCGCACAUGGAGUCCCAGCCUGUGGAACCGAUGGAUGAGAGCAAAAUGUGUGAUGAGAAAGAGAUUCCUCAUAUGGAGGAAAAAUGUGUUGAAGCGAAAGAGGGAGGUUUCCUGACUGAAAAAAAUAAAGAGAUGGAUGGUGUAAAAGAAGGGAAAUCUUUAGCUGCAAAAGAAAAUGAAGUGAGAAGUUCUUUUAUAAUAAACAAGUCAGUCCCUAGUGUAGAUGUAGUGAGUGGUAUACAAAAUGCAUCAUUACCAGCAUUAGUUGUGAAUCAAGAAGAGAUUUCCGUCUCUCUUUUGUCUGAGAAUGCAAUGCAGAUUGAUUUAAAAACAGAUGAAAAAUCGAUACCAGCACAACAGGCACCAGACGAAAAAUCUUCACUAGCACCAAAGGUUUGUUUAACUGACAAUAAAGAAGGUGGAGUUGAUUCUGAUCCAGUGAAUGACCAUAAAAAAGAGGUAAACAAAAAGGAUCAAAACAUGCCAUGUCAUGAUAGGAGUUCUGUAGAAAACAGACAAGAUGACGUUGAAGAUGAGAUGGACAAAUGCGGUGAGAAAGCAAGUGAGGAAAAGAGGAAUGUUAGCACUGAAGAAAAGAGAGACAAUUUUAACAAACAAAAGAAGAACGAUGUCAAGACCAAUAAAAAUGCCGUUCCUGAUUUAGAAACAUCCCCCGAGGUUGAGAUAUCUAAAAAUGUAAGGCGUGCUGAGGUCAUGGACACUCAACCGAGGCCAUACAGAGUAGACAGAUCCCCAAAACUUCUUACUAAAGCACAAGCCGAGAGACGUUUGACAGAGAAGGACCAGUCAGCAGUCCAACCAAUCAUAAUACUCCCUGAUACACGUGAAACCGUCAUCAAAAACGUAGCAAAGAAAAGAGCCCCGCCACAAAUCCCAGAAAUCAAGGUCACACUGCCAGAGAGAGUCAAACGGGAAGAACCCGUCAACAUACCCAGAAAUGAUGUUCUGAAAUUGGAGCCUGAGCGAGUUAUGCAACCUUUAAUAAAGGAGGUUGCACAGGUAUUUCGAGAAACCGAGAGACCGGUAGAUGAAGCAGCAAGAAUGUCUGGUGAAUCUGCCCCAAACAGUGCUCGAAUUAAUCCAGAGCCUUUGGGCGUGAACAGGAACAUUCUGUCAGCACCUUCAGGGGAGAGAGCACAGGAAGUUAAACAACAAAAUCUAGAUGCGAGGCCGAGAGGUGGAGAAGCACAAGGAAGUGGGCGGGGCAGAGAAGAAGAAAAUAUCCCUACAAUUAACAUAGCAUGUGCUGAUGAUAAUGCAACCACUAUUGAACGAGAGCAAACGUACGGCCAGCUGUCACUUCCCGGCAUAGUAAUCUCGCAAGAUAUCACUCAACCACAUACAGUACCUCCCAUUUCUGUCACAAACGCUAAUGCAAGUUCAAAAACAAACAAAGAUUUAGAGAUGUUUGUUAAGCCAAAGAGUGGAACCGAUCAGGUUGCUUCUUCCGAGAAACCAAAAGAAAACCCUAGGACUCAACUUGGUCCUGAUGUGUCUUUGUCUUCAUCCACAAAAACCUCUCAAAGUAGUCAAGACACAGACAAAGUUUCUUCACCGAAAGACACGAGGGUUGAACCCGAAGCUGACAGGCUUCAAAGAGACAAACCUGCCCUAGAAAAACUUAACCUUACAACCCCGGUGGGACCUACUCUCCCUCCACUCAGUCCCGCCAGUUUGAGACGCCUCAUGGCAAAGAAUAACCCUAAUUUAGAGAAUCAGGGUUCCGCCUCGGCUGCCUCAGUGGAUGGAGGUGAGAAGAAAGGGGAGGAGAGUGGGGGAAGCACACCCACAUCCACUUUGUCCUGUGAGAGCAGCCCCAAGAUGAAGCGACGAGACAGUCUAACGCUGAUCCCCUCCGCCACGCCGGAGGAGCUCGCUUCAGGUGCUCGCCGCAAAAUCUACCUCGCCAAAACCAAAUCUGAGGAUGAAGGAUCUGACACGCAGGGAAAGAGAGACAGCCCGUAUAUGUCACCUAGUCAAGCACGAAGGGCGGCUUUUCUUCAACUGCAAAGCGGACAGCAAACACCACCCGCGGAAAGACGUUCACCGAUGGCCAGACGUAAGGCCACGCUGGAGGUGCCAAAACCGAAGGAGGAAAGCAUAGAGGUGGCAGAAAGUGCGAAGACAGAGAGCAAACCACCAGAGAAGGAAAAGUCGGACCCUUUUAAAGCUCCUCAGGUUAUCCGGAAGAUUAGAGGAGAGCCCUUCUCAGAUGCCUCGGGCCACCUGAAGCUGUGGUGCCAGUUUUUUAACGUUCUCAGCGACUCCACUAUCAAGUGGUACAGAGACGAAGAAGAGAUUCUGGAGAUGGAACGACGCGCUGGAGAUGAAAGUCCAUUGGCACUGGCAAUAGUCCAGGCUUCCAGCAGAGACUGUGGAGUGUAUGGCUGCUCUAUCAAGAAUGAAUACGGGACUGACAUGACUGACUACUUACUCAGUGCAGACAUACUGGCAGAAUUUUUCCUAAGGGAUGAUUUAGAAGUGGGCGAGGAGAUCGAGAUGACACCUAUGAUGUUCACCAAAGGCCUGGCAGACUCGGGUUACUGGGGCGAAAAAUUCUUCGGGCGCAUCAUGACGGAGGAGGUCCAGAUUGGAGAGGGCUGUGUUCACAAAACCUGCAGGACAAAGGUCAUCUACGGUUUGGAUCCUGUCUUUGAUUCAGGCAGCACAUGCGUCACUAAAGUAAGAAAUCCCAUCGCAUACGGGGGGAAGGAAGAGAGCAACCUGGCUGAGAAAAAUCUGGAGAUCACCAAACAGGAGUGUAAAAUUCAGAAUACUGUUCGGGAGUACUGCAAAAUAUUUACGGCGGAGGCCAGAGUGAUCGAGAACUUUGGAUUCUCAUUAGAAGUGAUCCCACUUCAUCUAAUGUAUCGGCCCGCCAACACAAUCCCAUAUGCUACAGUGGAAGCUGAUUUGAAAGGCGUGUAUUUGAAAUACUGUUUGAUGGACAACACUGGACGAUUGAUCACUAGAAGCACCUCUGAGGUGGAGCAGAAGUGUUGCUCUUUCCAGCACUGGAUCCAUCAAUGGACCAACGGCAACCUCCUUGUUACACGGCUAGAAGGUGUCGAUGCAAAGAUCACAAGUAUUGAAAUUGCUACCAAGUCUAAAGGGUAUCAAGGUCUCACGGACAAAGCGUCUCCAAAGAUAAUGGAGCAGUUCAUUACUCAGCAUCAGUGUAACUACUACUGUGGUUUACUGAGUCUAAGACCUCUAAAGCCCCUGGACUCUUCACAACAACCCAAAAUAAAGACCUCCAGGAGCCCCCUAUUGGCUCGAAGGGGAAUAGCAGGCUCAUCAAGCCCCCAGCUGCAGAAGAAAGGAAAUAACAGCCCACAGUCCACCCGAAAAGGAAAUUCUAGCCCCAAAGUGACUAAAAAGACAAGUGAAUCAGGAGAGAACUCACCCGCUGUCAAACAUAAAACUGUGGAGGCCCCAAAACCGGUGAGAAUGAGGUAGAGAGAAGGAUUGAGACUCAUGGGAAAAAAUGCAAGCUAGGGCAUUUUUUCUGUUUUCCUUACUGUUAUCAUUCGUGUGGAGCCUAUAAUAUACUAUUAUCAGUAGGUUACGUUGUACAGGACAGCGAGAUUCCUUGUGUCAAUAGACUGGCUUGAAAAGCUAUGACCGAGGAUUGUUCAUAGUCUUUGCACAUAGUGUCUAAAAUGCACCAGCUGAAGAAAAGAAAAGUAAGAAGGACUAUACAGAUAUACUAAAGAGAUGAAUGACCAGAGGUGUUUGGCAGUUUUUGAUAUUACUGUGAAUAUGUACGUCACCAUAAAUACCUCUUGAGGCCACCAUCACUUUAAGAGCUGAAUUGAGACUAUCCCCUUUCAAGACCACUGCUGGGGAAAAAAAUAUGAAACCCGGACUGUCUGCAAAUGGAUAAACAAUGUUUUCAUAUAGACUUUGUUGUGGUUUAUUCAAUUGUUUCUAUGUCAGAUUUGAAUGACUGAGAAGGAUUCCUCAAACUUCUGUGAUGUAUGUCUCGGCUGUGCUGAAAUGCUGAUUUUUUUGGUAGCCGUCACUGAUACGCUUUUUUUGUGAAUUUCUCUGCGUUUAAGAGUCAGGCUAUACAUUUGCUGAGUGACUGUCCAUGCUUUACAUUCUCUAACACCACACUUGGUUGUUCAUAUUUGGGCAAACUUUGAGCUUUAUAAUCAAGACAGAUUUGUUUUUAUCUUAAAUGUGAGGAAAGACUUUAUUGUCACAGUAAAGACAUUUAUACAAUUGACAUUACAGAGUUCAAGUGUCAUCAGUGUUUAUUGCCCUGCAAAUUUACACAGAUGGACAAAUAAUAUAAAAUAUAUUUUAAAUGUAGAUUUUUGUAAACUUUUCAUGCUCACGUGUUUACAAAAACGUUCUCAUCUUUUGGUUUUGAUUAAAUGUAUGUUCAUUUCAAAUUUAACCAAGAUCAAUAAAUGGUGCCUGCCUAAACCUUUACCCCAU